AUGACUCUCAAGCUCUAUGGAUACCCUGCAUCAACCUGCACACUCCGAGUGCGCACCGUGCUUGAGGAAAAGGGCCUCGAUUAUGAAAUGAUUACCGUCGAAGUCUUUGCUGGGGCUCAUAAGACAGAGGAAUACGCCGCCAACUUUCACCCUUUCAACAAGAUUCCUGUCUUAAUUGAUGAGGAGGCAGGUGUUCGUGUUUUCGAAAGCCGAGCCAUUGCUCACUAUCUUGCGGUCAAAUACCGUGGUCAAGGUAUCGACUUGUCUCCUGCCGAGAGUGACAUCAAGGCAUACGCAGCCUUUCAGCAGGCUCUAUCAAUUGAAGCGUCCUACUUCGACCCCAACGUCAGUACGAUUGCUGCAGAGGAAGUCUUCAACCCUCGCAAAGGCCUUGGUCCUACCAACAAAGACAUAGUCAAAGCUAAAAUCAAGGAUCUGGAUGCCUCAUUCAUUGGAUACGAGCGAAUCCUCUCAAAGCAGAAGUAUCUUGCUGGAGACAACGUCACCCUCGCCGAUCUAUUCCAUCUACCUUAUGGACAGAUGACAGAGUCGCUGGGGCUUGGUGAGCUUCUUCCCAAGUAUCCAGCCGUUGAGAAGUGGUGGAAUGAAUUGAAGGAAAGGGAGAGUUGGAAGAAAAUCAAUGUGGAGAUUUAA